UCGGUCUAGCGUUCAUUUUCGAAUUCGAAACUGGACUUUUCGGGUCGAGACUUUAAUAUAAACUUAAUAAGUACAGCAGGUGGCGGAAGUUUAAUCAGACGCCAAUAAAAGAGCCAGAUAAGCCAGUCUACUUCUAAAACACAACCAUACAAGGCCUAUAUCGCACCUAGACUGCUGUUACAAUACGAACAUUGAGCACCACCGAGAAUCGCGCACAAAAGAGGGAUGGUCAACACAAAAAGGGCUUUUCUCGCCUAAGAAUAAAUGAAAAGAUAGAAAAUUCUACAAAGGCAACAAUAGCGAGAUGCGAAGAAUAUCAGCAUGGGCACUCUACAAACAAUUCAACGCUGAGAAAGCGAGCUACAUAAAACAUGUGAUUUAUAGUUCUCAGUGCGAGAGAGCGUCAUAGCAGGACAAGUUAAUAAGUUCUGCUGGAUUACUAAGCAGGGUGUUAUAAGCUACACGAAUCAAUAAAAGAGAAGCGCUGAAGAUUACUCGUCGCCCAAGCAGUUGAGAGGGUGGUCAGUUCACUGUAACUGACAAAGCAAAUAUUGGACAGUUAGUGGUUGGCACUAGAUGAACGACAAAGCGAGGAGACAGGUUGGCAUAGGCUGUGUUGAAACGAGUUUUGGAAGACAAGAAAAAGUGCAUUUUGCGUGUUAAUAGAUAAAGGUACUUGGCAUCGCAGAAGAGCUUCAGCCUAAACUGGCGUAAAGUAGGACGUCUCCUCAAGUACUGCCAAGAUCUUAGAAAAGCACGCCACAAAACGAAUAACAGCUUCUUAAAGAGACUUGAGGCUUUUUCGAAGAAGAAUAAUUCCGCGAGUUGGCGAACUUACAUCAUAAAAUGGACAAAAGCCAAGCAGACAUAAUAACUGGGACUUCUAGGGACAACAAAAAGACACCUCCACUUCUUCCAAAAUAGCUACAAGAAGAAGCAAGAAUAUAAUACUUUUUUCACAUAAAUAUAAGCAUUAUCAAUUAUUCGGAAACUUAUUUCGAGUUCAAUUUGACAAAAGGUGGUUAGGAGGGCACAUUGCAUUAAGAUCGGAUACAUCGUUUUAAUACUCCAUGUUUUCCAAUAACACAACAACAGAUACCGUCUGCGGUGGCUACCUUGUUUCCAUAGGGGUACUGAAGAGCAACGAGUUCGUGUAUCCCGACAUGUACACAAAUAUUACAGUCUCUCUGCUCUUCAUGGUGGCAGGGACACUCCUCAACUUUAUAGUAAUCCUCGCCAUCGCGACAACUCCUUCCUUGAAGACUCCUUCAAAUAUUUUGAUACUCGGUCUAGCCCUAGCAGAUCUGGGAGCCAGUUUUUGCCCUGGAGUAACAGGAUUGGUCUUCAAAGUCUCCAUUUAUAAAGACUUAGAGGAUAUAUUUUGCCCUUCGGGGGUAGUCUUAGAGGUGUCGGUGUACUUUUUCUUCUCAGUGUCUUUUCUGACGCUGUGUUGUACAUCACUUGAAAGAUACCUUUUGCUUUUACUGCAUCUCCGCUACAACGAGGUGGUCACAAAUUUCCGUAUUUGUAUAGUACUUGUUGUUAUUUGGAUCUUUGCUGCUGUUUUUACAAUAUUGAGGAUGUUCUAUCCAAAUACUGCCAUAAACGCUUUUUUCACUACAGCUAUAUUACUAGGAUUCGCCGUUACCAUCUUCUGCUUUGGACAAACUCUUCGGAUAGUGCGUAAACACCGUACCCAAAUCCAAGCCCAAAACCAGCAAUCCCUUGAAAGCAUGAAGACAUUCAAAAAAUCCGUGCUGACAAUGCUCUACAUUCACUUGUUGUUUUUAGUGUGUUACUCUCCGGUGAUGGUUGUCCUAGCAGUUGCGGCAGCAGUAGGUUCAUCGAGAGGGAACUCUGUGAUCGGCUCAAAAAUCCCAGUUGCUUUUUCGUUUUUCAGUGCUUUAAUGAUGUUAGCUAACUCGUUGCUAAAUCCAAUUCUCUACUUUUGGAGACUUGCUGCAAUAAGGCAGUCAGCAAUCCGAAGUUUAGAGAGACUGUGUAAAAUCGGGUGAGGUAUUUAUUUAUGUGAGAAUCAGAAUCGAGAAACAAGAUAAGCGCACCCUAGCCUGCAUAGCCCUCCAGCUACUCUAGGGUGUCCAUACCCAAAA